AUGGUGAUAACCAAUACCGCGCCGCCUUACACCCCUGCGGCGAUCGAGACAAUUAGUCCCGAGGACUUCGAAACUGCGUCUGUCCGUUCAGCCGCACCGUCCUACACGUCUGAUGCCCCGUCCUAUCACUCUACCGUCCCGCUCAACUCUGACCCCGUCCCGCCGUACUCUCCGCCGGCACGUCUGGCCACUCCGGCGGCUUCCUCGUCUCUUCUUAACCUGGGGGACAGUGGCAGCAACCUAUCUCGGCCUCAGUCUAGCUCGGCGACGACGGGUAGGCAGGAAGGACAGCAACGGAUUGGCCUCCCCCCCGUACCGACAGGCCCCCGACGCUCAGUCGAGCCGUCUCUGGGGCAGUUCCGCAUCCCCUCGUGGUCAACCAUCCACUCUAACCCCACGGCGCGACACUACCACAGCGUUGCCCUGCGGCGUGUAGCAGCUGCCAGCAACGAGGCCACCACGCAGCGUCUCGGGCGCAUUGUGCUCGACCGCAUUGAAGAGGAGGAGCGCAACCGCUCUCGCCCACUCGAGGACCCGCACCUCGUUGGCGAAGAGGCGGCCGCCCGCGCCCGGCGGGAGCGGCUCGCCCGCGAGAACGGCGACGAGAUCUUGAUACGCGAGGAUCGCAGAUGGGACUGGUUCCUUAGCGAGCUAUCUGCACGCAAGCAGCCGCGCUCAAGGUUCACCAUGGGCUGCCGGUAG